CCGACACUGCCUUCUGGCUCAAGCAAUUGAGCAGACUUGAGCAGCUGAGGUUGAAGCAGAAGAGGAUUAUCAUCACCGACGACUUCGCCACAGGGUUGCUUGGGAGUAAUAGUGCUACGAUACUUUAAAACUGAAACAGAUCUAAUGAUUUCAUAGGAGAAGAAACUCCACAAGUCAAGAUGUAUCGAUAUCGGGUCCUGCUCCUGCUGAGCUUAGCAGUUCUGAUCGACGCGCAGGGAUUCGACAGCGAAAAUUUCAUUAAUCAGCAACAAGAUUUCAAUAGCAUCCUGCAGGAUUUUGUUCGUAAUGCACCACCCAUGACAAACUUCAACUGUCCAUGUGAAGGCUUUCAUCCGACCCGGCGGAUUGUCAAGUGUUUUAUCGAUGUGUACUAGCCGCUGAUGGAUCCUUGAUGCCAGUGAGAUUUGUUUGCGGACCGGGAACUGUAUUUGAUCCGGCUACAAACAUCUGUAAUCAUCCUUAUGCCAGUAGCAGAGUAGAAUGUGGAGGUAAUCAUAUUGAAGGAGGCUUUGGCCAGCAGGGACCAUCAACUGUACCACCACCUUCUACCGAAUAUUAUCCUCCCCAAGGUACUACGCCAUCGGUCCCAGUCUCUUCUGAAAUUGGAAGUACAUGUACGCAAGAUGGAUUCUUGGCUGACGAGGUGGAUUGCAUGAAGUUUUACCGGUGUGUGAAUAACGGACAGGGUGGUUUCACCCGCUACGACUUUACUUGUGGGCCUGGCACUGUUUGGGAUCCCGACACAAUUGGUUGUAACCAUCCUUGGAAUGUAAAACGUGAGAAUUGUCGUAAAGCUGGGCCGGAAUAUGGCUCGGGUGGAGUUGGAACAGGAGGUACGGGAGGAACUGGUGGUACAGGUGGAACUGGAGGUACAGGUGGAACUGGAGGUACUGGAGGUACUGGCGGAACAGGCGGAUAUCCUGGUCAACAGGGACAACCUGGCAAUGGUGGUUAUUAUCCAGGACAGCCAGGUACUGGUGGUCAACCCGGACAACCAGGCACUGGCGGUUAUUAUCCUGGCCAACCCGGACAGCCGGGGCAACCAGGAAGUGGCACUUAUUAUCCAGGUCAACCAGGGCAACCUGGCACUGGUGGGCAACCAGGACAACCAGGGCAGCCAGGCACAGGAGGAUAUCCAGGACAACCAGGAAGUGGUGGUUAUUAUCCAGGUCAACCGGGGCAACCAGGGCAACCUGGUACUGGCGGGCAACCAGGGCAACCAGGACAACCAGGUCAGCCAGGUAAUGGAGGAUAUCCAGACCAACCAGGGCAACCUGGACAGCCAGGUCAGCCGGGACAACCGGGCACAGGAGGAUAUCCAGGCCAACCCGGACAACCAGGCACGAGUGGAUAUCCAGGUCAACCAGGACAACCUGGGCAACCAGGAAAUGGUGGUUAUUAUCCAGGGCAACCUGGACAGCCAGGACAACCAGGUCAACCCGGUCAACCAGGCACGGGAGGAUAUCCAGGGCAACCUGGUCAACCAGGACAGCCGGGACAGCCUGGGCAGCCAGGAAGUGAUGGUUAUUAUCCAGGCCAACCAGGCCAACCUGGCACAGGCGGGCAACCAGGGCAACCUGGUACUGGCGGACAACCAGGAAGUGGUGGUUAUUAUCCAGGUCAACCAGGGCAACCUGGCACUGGCGGGCAACCAGGACAACCAGGGCAGCCAGGCACAGGAGGAUAUCCAGGACAACCAGGAAGUGGUGGUUAUUAUCCAGGUCAACCGGGGCAACCAGGGCAACCUGGUACUGGCGGGCAACCAGGGCAACCAGGGCAACCAGGACAACCAGGGCAGCCAGGCACAGGAGGAGAUCCAGGUCAACCAGGACAACCUGGGCAACCUAGCACUGGCGGGCAACCAGGAGAACCAGGACAACCAGGACAACCAGGAAGUGGUGGACAUUAUCCAGGUCAACCAGGGCAACCUGGAACUGGCGGGCAACCAGGGCAACCAGGAACGGGCGGAUAUGAUCCUGGUCAACCGGGACAACCUGGACAGCCAGGUCAACCCGGAACAGGCGGGCAACCAGGUCAACCGGGUACGCCGGGACAACCGGCUCAACCACAACCAGAUAAUGGAUAUUUACAACCCGGACAAUCAUGUAACAAAGAAGGUUUUUACGGAGACGAACAAGAUUGUGCUAAAUUCUACCGUUGCGCAAACAAUAUCAAAUUUGAAUUUACUUGUGGACCAGGAACCGUUUGGGACGGCAGUAUUCAAUCAUGUAAUCAUGCAUGGGCUGUCACAGGAAAAUGUAAAUCGGAUGCAGGCAUACCAAAUGAAAAUCAACCAGGCCAACCUAGCCAACCUGGGGGCGGUGGAAAUUAUCCUGGACAACCUGGUCAGCCUGGACAGCCAGGGCACCCUGGACAGCCAGGACAACCUGGUCAGCCUGGACAACCAGGACAACCUGAGCACCCUGGACAGCCAGGACAACCUGGUCAGCCAGGACAACCUGGUCAGCCAGGACAACCAGCACAGCCGGGACAACCAGGACAACCAGGACAACCAGGACAACCAGGGCAACCAGGACAUCCAGGAGACGGAUCAACUACACCUCCAUCUUCCACUGGGCCACCAUGUCAAACAAUUGAAACUAAUCCACCGGAAUUGAGCCCAAAUGCGUGCGCAAGUGAAGGAUUUAUUCCAAACGACUCAAAUUGUGCUAAGUUUUCACGGUGCGUAAAUAACGGAAGAAAUGGUUAUACAGAAUAUCAGUAUACUUGUGCAGCAAACACGUUAUGGGAUCAAGAUUUGCUGACUUGUAAUCAUCCAUGGGCAAUUCGAGGAAAAUGUGGUACGCGACAACCUACCCAGCCAGGCCAACCAUCACAACCAGGACAACCGGGACAUCCAACACAACCAGGACAACCGGGUCAGCCAACACAACCCGGGCAGCCGGGACAGCCUACACAACCAGGACAACCGGGGCAACCUACACAACCGGGGCAACCAGGACAGCCUACACAACCAGGACAGCCCGGACUGCCAACACAACCAGGGCAGCCAGGGCAACCAGGACAACCGGGGCAGCCUACACAACCAGGUCAACCUACACAACCGGGACAGCCAACCCAACCUGGCCAACCAGGACAGCCAGGUCAACCUACACAACCAGGGCAACCAGGACAACCUACACAACCCGGUCAGCCUACACAACCAGGCCAACCAGGUCAACCUACACAGCCGGAACUGCCAACACAACCGGGGCAGCCUACACAACCAGGACAACCUGGACAGCCAGGACAGCCAACCCAACCGGGCCAACCCACACAACCUGGACAGCCAACACAACCAGGCCAACCUACACAACCUGGGCAACCAGGACAGCCAGGUCAGCCAACACAACCAGGACAACUGGGACAACCAGGACAGCCAACCCAACCUGGUCAACCGGGACAACCUGCACAACCAGGUCAACCUACACAACCCGGACAGCCAACACAACCGGGGCAGCCUACUCAACCAGGUCAACCUGGGCAGCCGGGUCAGCCAACACAACCAGGACAACCGGGACAACCAGGACAACCCAUACAACCGGGGCAACCUAUACAACCAGGACAGCCUACUCAACCAGGUCAACCAGGACAGCCGGGUCAGCCAACACAACCAGGACAACCGGGACAACCAGGGCAACCCACACAACCGGGGCAACCUACACAACCAGGACAGCCUACUCAACCAGGUCAACCGGGACAGCCGGGUCAGCCAAUACAACCAGGCCAACCGGGACAACCAGGGCAACCCACACAACCGGGGCAACCUACACAACCAGGACAGCCAGGACAGCCUACUCAACCAGGUCAACCUGGACAGCCGGGUCAGCCAACACAACCAGGACAACCGGGACAACCAGGACAACCCACACAACCGGGGCAACCUACACAACCAGGACAGCCAGGACAGCCUACUCAACCAGGUCAACCGGGACAGCCGGGUCAGCCAAUACAACCAGGCCAACCGGGACAGCCGGGACAGCCGGGACAGCCUGGACAGCCAGGACAGCCUACACAACCAGGGCAACCGGGUCAACCUACACAACCGGGACAACCAGGACAACCUGCUCAUCCUUCUGAACCAGGAAGAGAGCCACCAAAUGCAUGCGUUUCUUCUGGAUUUAUGGGAGAUGCCGCCGAUUGCUCUAAAUUUUAUCGAUGUGUUGAUAAUGGUAGAAAUGGUUACACGCAAUAUCCGUUUACUUGUUCACCAAAUACAGUUUGGGACCAAGAAGCACUAACUUGUAAUCAUCCAUGGGCCGUACGCGGUGCCUGUGGGCAACCAGGACAUCCGUCACAACCGGGUCAGCCUACACAACCAGCACAACCGGGACAACCUACACAACCAGGGCAGCCCGGACAGCCUGGACAGCCGGGACAACCGACCCAACCAGGACAACCAAACCAGCCAGGGCAGCCAGGACAAUCUGGCCAACCAGGACAACCAGGACAACCCACACAACCCGGGCAGCCGCAACAACCUACCCAACCUACACCAAUAACACAACCCGGACAACCUUGCCCACCAGGUCAACCACUACCUCCACAACCUGGUAGUCAGACCGCAGAUCCAUGUAAACAAGAAGGAUUUUUCCCAGACCCAGCAGAUUGCCAGAAAUUCUAUCGUUGUGUUGAUUUAGACGACAAAAAUAGCACUUCUCGAGGUACAAGAUUCCAGAAAUAUGAAUUUACCUGUGGACCAGGAACAAUAUUCGAUCCUGCAAUUGAAGUUUGCAAUCACCCGUCGGCAGUGCAACGUAAUUGCCCUCCACAGCCGGGAACUGCUCCUCCAACACAAGCGCCUCCCACACAGCCUCCCACACAGCCACCCACUGCAGGAAGCACUGCCACACCAAGUGAGAGUACAGCCACCAGUCCAACCACGGUUCAGUCAACCUCCACUGAAAGCGGAACAACUAUAACAAGUACGACUAUAGAUGCUGAAGGAGGUAGUACAAUAGACAGUUCAACAACAUCAGGAAGCACUGAAGGUACGACUUCUGCUAUUACUACACCCGAAUUAGGUUCCACCACAUUAGGAAGUACCACACUCACGACAGAAUUACCUGAAAGCACUACACAAAGUAGUACACAACAACCUGAGAGUACACCUGAAGGAACCACUUUAGGAAGCACUAGUACGCAACCAGAGGGAAGCACACAAAUUAGCACAACCGAAAGUGCAAGUAGUACAAUUACAGAAAGCAGUACCCAAGGUAGUACUGUAACCGACGCAACAGUAGGUAGCACAACCGAAAGCGUCACACAAUCCACCAUAUCGGAAGUCACCACACUCGGAAGUACAACAACCACUGUCGUUGACAGCAGCACACAAGUCACCACCGACUCAAGCACCACCGAGGAGGUGAGCAGCACGACUCCAAGUUGUCCAAUCGGCGAGCUCAUGGGCGAUCAAAUCGCACUGGUUUGCCCAACGGGUUUCAAGCGCCAUCCCAAGUAUUGUAAUCUCCUCUACCAAUGUACCAACAACGACAAGAACUUUGAUAUGAAACUUCUGGUAUUGAGUUGUCCGGACGGUCUGCUCUACGACGAAGAGAAGAUUCAAUGUUUGCCCGCCAACGAAACCAAACCAUGCACAGGUCAGAUUGCCACCAAGAGGUUCUAUAGGAAACUGGACGACAAUUCACUGCCACCGGUACCAAUGCCAGGGCAUCAAGUCCUCUGUCCGAAUGAAGGCCACCACGAGUUAAACACCGACGAACAAGGUGGCUGCAGUAACUUAUUCAUAAAGUGUCAGCGCUCGUUGGACUACCGCGGUAAAAUGCAAGGCUACGUCUACCAGUGCCCGCAAGAUCAUGCAUAUUGGCCCAUCAGUAAGCAGUGCGAACGUACCGGCAAAUUACAACAAUGUCGCGGUCUGCACAGCUACGGUACUAGGUGGGAGGUACCAGUGGAGACAAUCAGUGUUGGCAAGCGGCGUCGCAGAAUGCACUUGUAGGUCGCACCGCCAUCACUUUCUAGUUCGAUGCCAUUUAAAUUUAUGCGUGUUUCACAAAUGGGAAAUUUCCGUCUUUGGGCGCCGUGCAAUUUCCCAUUUGCGAACGACAAUUUGAAUCUGGGGACGAUUCAAGUUUAAUUGGGGUAUUAAGCGCUAAGUUAAUUUAUCGGUUGUGGGUUAAUUCUUUAUGUUUAACGUUGUACGCUAAUUCUGAGGCAAGAGCAAGUUGAUUUAUCAUAUAGUGGUACCACCUGUACAUAUCAUAUAUUUAUUUCGAAAGCAAUGAGAUUGUAAUACUCCUAGACUAUAAGUUGCCAUGUUUGAAAUCUUAAGUUUAGAUAAUAAUAAAUACUCAAUUGAAUAAAGUGCAAUUUUCAAAGUA